GCGUUGUGGAUCUAUGCAUAUGAUGUCGGACGUUAUCUGUGUUGAAACGAAGAAAAAGAGGAGCAGAGAGGGGAUUUGGGACAAUUAUUGAGGAGGGACAUGGCCCAAGAGACCAACCAGAGCCAGGCUCCUCUGCUCUGUACAACCGGCUGUGGUUUCUAUGGAAGCCCCAGGAAUAAUGGCAUGUGUUCGGUGUGCUACAAAGAUUUCCUUCAGAGACAAAACAGCAAUGGAAGGAUCAGUCCACCAGGUUCAUCCUCCACCGACAGCAGUAUCGGAGAGUCCUUCCUAGCACAGUGUUCUGACACUGCUACUGUACCCGUAUCAACAGCCAUAACGCAUACAGACACGUCUGGACACAGCAGUGGUGUGACAACAGCCUCAGCAACCUCUCCAACAGAAGAGAGCGCCUCUGGAGUGAAGGCCAGCCUAAAGGCUGACGAUUUACAAACAGCAGUGUCUGAAGACUCGGCCCAGACAUCCACUGAGAUCACGGAGAAACCCAAAACCAAGAAAAAUCGCUGCUUCACCUGCCGCAAGAAGAUUGGCCUCACAGGCUUUGAUUGCAGAUGUGGCAAUGUGUUCUGCAGCAUGCACCGUUACUCUGACACUCACAAUUGUUCCUUCGACUACAAAGCUGACGCUGCAGAGAAGAUCAGGAAAGAGAAUCCCGUCAUUGUUGGAGAGAAGAUCCAGAAGAUCUAAGAACAUUCACAGUGGAUCUUACCAGAAGCCUACAACUUAAACUCAACCAUGUUUGUGUUUCCAGUCUCUUUCUGAUUAGUUGGUGUCCCGUAGGCCAACCCACCUGUCUACUUUCUCAUCAUUAAAUCAUGCAUGCCACUCAAAAACUCAUCUCUGGACACUUUUUUUUUUUUUUUUUCCAAAUUUAAUUGUAUCUUAAUUGCUUUCAGUCACCUUCUUGUUUUUAACUCUGAAUGUUUUGGUUUCUGGAUUAUGCAAUAGAUGAAAAAAAAAAUAAUCAAGCCCUAUUAAUAAAAAAAGUUUUUUAAAAAAGUAAGUUGGGGCUACUUGAAGGGCUGUGAUUUUCUUUCAUGAUGUUAAAACACCAUGCAUGUUGACCCAUCAGCAAUAUUUCCUGAAUAAUUUGUACUGUAUGGUAUGUAGCCUUUGUUUUUAUACCAUCAAUAAGAAAACAGCAUCUGUUAUACAUGUGCUUGUUUGCUUCCUCACUGUUUUGUAUAAUUAAGUCAUUUAAUAUGUGUGAUCUUCCAUAGAGAACUGUGUGUAUGUCUACGUCUACCAUGAGUGACUAAGAAUAGCUUGUAUGCACAUUGUUGCUGAUUGUGAGUUUAUGUAUGAGAAUAUAGUUCAUUUAUGAGUGCACAAAAGAAUGACCAGGAUUUUAUCCCACUGUAUUUAUGUUUGUUUAUUCACUGUUUUGACUUUGCUCUGAAUUAAAAU